AUGCCUGCUAACCAUGACUUGCCCAGGCAUCGUGGUCUCUCCAUCCGCUCCAAUAAAGGGGGCUCGAACCCGACAUCCCCGCCAGCCCGCAAGGGUUUCUCCUUCUCGUCACUGCGCGGCUCGAUCCAGCCCGAACUCGCCCGCAAACUGUACCGAGUGAUCAAGUCGACCAACAGCCUCGUCUCAGCGCACGAAGCAGCCGGAAGAGAGCGCAACAACAUCGCCGUGCAGCUGUCAGAAUGGGGCGAGCAGACCAACGAUGAUGCCGUCUCCGAUAUCAGCGACAAGAUCGGGGUGAUAUUAUCGGAGCUCGGGCAAGCGGAGGACGGGUACGCGCAGGACCUCGAGGAGGCGCGCGCCGUGCUCAAGACGAUCCGUAACACGGAGAAGAGCGUCCAUCCCAGCCGCGACAGCAAGGCCCGCAUCGCCGACGAGAUCCAGAAGCUCAAGCUGAAGGAGCCCCAGAGCACGAAGCUCGUUGUGCUCGAGCAGGAGCUGGUACGUGCCGAGGCGGAGAACAUGGUUGCGGAGGCCCAGUUGACCAAUAUUACACGUCAAAAGCUCAAAGAAGCCUACGCCGCCGAGUUUGCAGCCGUCAUCGAGCGCGCUGAGAAGCAGAAAAUUCUGGCCAACCAUGGCCGCAGACUGUUGGAGCUCUUGGACGACACGCCCAUCGCGCCGGGAGACACUCGAAGAGCGUACGAGCAUGGCAGCGCCGCACGCCAGAUUCUCAACGAUGCCGAAGAUGACCUUCGGGACUUGGAGACGAAUCAGGGGCAGGGACUGGAAAUGCCAGCUGAGGCUGAGCCCGUUGCAGAAAGUAUCCCUCGCUCGUCUGUUGAGACUGGCACGCAUACAGAGAAUGGGACAACUUUGCACGACCGCGGUAAGCACGUCGAAGUGGGAAGCACCGAGGCAUCGCCUGUUGAAGCUUCGUAG